AUGGCGACCUCGCUCGUGCUCGGUGAAAACACCGGCGGCGGCGGGCUGUCGAUCUGGAAGUUCCGCAUCACGCACCCGCAAGGCAUCUUCUGGAAGGACGGCGGGUACUUUUCCGUGACAGACGGACACUUCGCCAAGGAGUAUUGCGUAACGCCGAACUGCGACCUUAAAAAGUGCGCGCCCCAAGGCGGCGUGUGCGAAGUCUCCGCAAACCUCCCGGCGUCGUCUAAGUACCUCAUUCAGCUGUACGGUUUGACGAAGGCUUCGUCCUCGGCGAGCAAGAUCACGAUUCAGUUCAAACCGCCGCGGCACUGCCGGUACUCAUACUGCAAAGACGAGUCGGACAUCACGACGUGCGUGAUGCAAUCCCAAGAUCAGAUGCAGUGGUUCAACAUCAGAAAGGACUCGUUCCCGGAUUACACGUGCAGCACGCCGUCCUCCGCGGAGGUUAUUCGUGUCAGUGGCGCGUCGAAGCCGUACUGCAUGCGACCGCUUUCGUACGGCUCGAAAGAUCUCGCGUCGUGCUGGCCGAAGGGGGACACCCUGAAGGGCGGCAACGCGAAGGCGGACGGCGACGGCGCGGAUUGCACCGGGACGUUCGACGCCGCGGGCGACGUCGUGAAGCGCGAGAAUUUAAUGGUCGCCGCGAUCCCCGGAUCGGACGCGGCGGCUAAGGGCGCGGAGGUCACGAUCAAGGACGACGGGAAGAAGUGCGUGCGGACGAUCGCGCACGCCGCGGGGAUGGGAGGUAUCUCCUCCGUCCUCGAGCACCGGCUGCGCAAAGAAAAACUCGCCGCCUCGCGCUCGUCGAUGCCAUUAACCGAAGACGCGGAGGCGCAGGUCGCGAUGACUGCGUCCGCCGCGCUCGGCGAGGACGACGACCGCGCGUCUCUCGUGCAAACGUCGCGUCUGCUCGUGUUGAACUUCGAGGACGGAAGCAACUGCACCGCGGAGAGCAAGCAAGCGGCCGCGUCCGGCGCCGCGAGCGCGAACACGUGCGAAGGGUGGACGAACGCGGAGAAGAACGACCCGGAGUCGCCGACGCCGCCGACGAAGCGCGCGUUCCGAUUCGUCCUGAAAAUGGACCCGAAGACGGGACGCACGGACGCGGGCGCGGACGCCACAGCCGACGGUGGCGGCGACUUUUUCGACGCCGACGCGCACCGCGGCGACUGGGGCUACGACUUCACGCGGUUCAAAAAGAAAUCCAGCGUGUUGAUGCUCAGCGAAAACUGGGCGGACAACGUACACGACGUGACGCCCUCCGCCGCGCUCGGCGGCGACGGGUGCUCGUACACGUCCUUCAAUUCUGACGCGGAGACGUGCACGAAAGGCACACACGUCAGCGCGUUGCGAGCGGUCAAAGAAAAGGGCGGGCACGCGUAUCACUUCGUCGACCACGCCGGGGCGAAGAUGACGCCUUACGACGUCGGAAGUGCCACCGGUGCGAUCGCGAACAAUGACGCUGAGGCGUCGAGAGAGGCGUCGUGCGCGAACUCCGCGGGAUGCCAGGCGUUUAAAGACGGCCAGAUGUACUCCCUGCACUGCACGAGCCCGUGCUUUAACAAAGUCGGCGGCGCCGGCGGCGCCGGCGGAGACCCAAUGGCGUUCAUGCCGACCGCGCCUUCGCCGUUUCAGCCCCCCGUGCUCGGGAGCGAGUCUGUGGUUCGACCGGGGACGGUCGCGUUUUGGUUCAGGAAAAAGACCGCGAUACUCGAGACGGGGGAGACACUCGUGUCGUUCCAGCCCACGGGGAUUCUUUCGCGCUCAGGCGACGCCCUCGCUCCCGGCAGGGACCCGGCGACGGCGGACAACAUGGCGAGGAUCACCGUGAGCUUGAAGCCUCAGGGCAUCCUCGCGUUCGACGCGGUGUCGUCCACGAACAAGACGCUGUGCUCCACGGAGGCGCCGGCGAUGCCGAAGCUGAAGGAAGGUCAGUGGCACCACAUCGCGUUUACUUUCGACCGGCACCCGAUCACGCUCGCCGCGCGCGUGUCGUUUUUCGUCGACGGCUCGAGCACGGUGACGCGUUGCGCGCCGCCGAAGGACGGCGGGAGCGUGUUCAACUUCAACGCGGACACCCUCGGCGACGGCAUGCGAACCGCGCUCGUGGGCGCGCACUUCGUCCCUUCCUCCGCCGGCGGCACCUUUGAAGGCGGCCUCGACGCGCAUGUGGACGACGUCUCGAUGUACGCCGCCGCGCUCACGGGCGAGGAGGUAAACUCGCUGUCCGUGAAGCUGCCGUGCGGUCGAGGGUACACCGGCGACGGGUUCGUAUUUUUUCCGGACAUGGAAGCCGCGCACGGCGCGGGCGGGGAGAAGCUCGUCGUGCACACGAAGGACAAGUGCGCGAAGCGCCUUCACACGAUCUCGUUCCGUUAUCUCGUCAGCGCGGGGAACAACCACGAGCUCGUCGUGAGCGGCGACGACGGCUCCGAGAUAGGGUUUUCAAAGUUUGAAGAGCCGACGGGUUUCUCCGACGCGGACGUGUUGACGUGGCGGCACACGCCACCCGUCGUGUUCGACCCCGCGACCGCGGGAUACGACAACAUCGUGUUGUCGUCUCGCCCGGUCGCUUCGAAGGUUCCCGGGCGACGAAAGCUGCUGAGCGCUGACGGUGACGACGACGACGCCGACGUCGGCGACUUUGACGACGCCGCGCUCGCUCCGUCCGAGUACGCGGACGCGGUCCGCGGGCGAACGCCCGCGGAACUCGGCUGGUUUUGGUCGAAGA